CACGCCUUUGUUUUUUCAGAAAAAUGUGAACCGGUUGUGAUUCCUAAACCCAUUUCCCUUCUGGACCUUCUCGUACUUCACCUUAAUGUUGUCUACAUCCAAACAUGGCGCUCUCACUCUUUCUUCAAUUCUCUUCAAGCAUCUCACACCCCUUACAGCAUUUUCACCAUUCUCUUCAAAACCCAAUUCAAAUUUCACAACCCCAAAUCAGAUUUCCACAAUCCCAAAACAACCCGCUGCAAGAACAAGAGUCCCACAGGCUUCAGACCCAGUAAGUGCUUCUGUUGUCAAUUCAGUAUGUUCUUUACUUUCUAGAGAAACCGCCCAUGUUGAUAGUUUGUUGAGUGGUUUCAAACACGAGUUGAGUUCAGAAGUGGUGCUUCAAGUUUUGAUGAAUUAUAAGCAGCUGGGAAGGAGAAAGACAUUGGACUUCUUUUCUUGGGCUGGGUUUCAAAUGCGUUUUCAGUUUGAUGACUGUGUGGUUGAGUACAUGGCUGAUUUCUUAGGUAGGAGGAAGCUAUUUGAUGACAUCAAGUGUCUUUUAUUGACAGUGUCCUUGCACAAGGGUCGGGUUUCGUGUCGAACAGUUUCGACUUGUAUUAGGUUUCUGGGUAGGCAGGGGAGGAUUAAAGAAGCACUUUGCGUGUUUGAAGAAAUGGAAUCUAAAUUUGGGUGUAAACCUGAUAAUCUUGUGUACAAUAAUGUGCUUUAUGUGCUUUGUAAGAAGGAGUCAUCUGGGCAUUUGAUUGAUUUUGCGCUUGCAGUUUUUCGGAGAAUUGAGUCCCCUGAUAUGUAUUCGUAUAGUAAUAUGCUUGUUGGUUUGUGUAAAUUUGGUAGAUUUGAGACUGCUGUUGAAGUUUUUGGUGAAAUGUGUGGGACUGGUUUGGUUCCUACUAGGUCUGCGGUGAAUGUGCUUAUUGGAGAGUUGUGUUUAUUGAGUGCGAAAGAAGCAGCUGUUGCUAAAGUAAGAGUGAAACAUGUUCGUAGGCCGUUUAAGAUUUUGGUUCCAAAUGUGCAUGAAAAGAGCGGUGCUAUCCAGCCUGCACUUGGAGUGUUUUGGGAAGUUUAUAAACUAGGCUUAUUACCUAGUACUUUUGUCAUAAUCCGACUUCUAUCAGAGCUUUGUCAACUGGGAAAAAUGGAAGAGGCUGUUCGGGUCUUGAAGGCUGUUGAGGGUAGGAAGCAGAGUUGCAUUGAGGAGGGCUUCUGUAUUGUGAUGAAGGGAUUGUGUGAACACUGCUGUGUUGAGGAGGCUAGUCAUUUGUAUGGGAGGAUGCUCUCUCAGGGCAUGAAGCCAAAGUUGAGUAUUUAUAAUUCUAUUAUUUGCAUGCUAUGCAAACUAGGAAAUUUGGAUGGUGCUGAAAGUGUCUUUAAGAUAAUGAACAAGAAGAGAUGUCUUCCGGAUAGUUGUACUUAUUCUGCAUUGGUCCAUGCGUAUUGUGAAGCUGGAAAAUGGAAAGCUGCUUAUGACUUAAUGAUAGAAAUGCUCGGUUUGGGCUGCUCUGCGCCAUUUCACACUUAUAGCUUAGUGGAUAAACUUUUGAGAGAAAAUGAACAAAUGGAUUUGUGUUUUAAAUUAGAAAGGAAGUUGGAAACCCAGAUCUUGGAGAAGCUAUGCAAAGAUGGUCGAUUAGAGGAUGCGUAUGAGAAGCUAAAGUCAAUGAUUGAAAAGGGGUUUUACCCACCAGUUUAUGCGAGAGAUGCUUUUAAGAAUGCAUUUCGGAAGUAUGGAAAAUUAAAAAUAGCUCAGGAUUUGUUACAGACGAUAGAUGACAUAGACAACAAUGAGGAGAAACAACUUACCAAUGAACCUAUUGACAGAAGUAUUUUCCACCGUCAACUAAAGAAGACAAUGAUGCAGACAAAUGGAAGAGCGAGGAAAGAUCAAACCAGCAAUGAAGUUGUGCUGUGAUCACUGUAAACAAGGAUUAGACCCAAGUUUUCUGAAAAGAACAUGGAGACAACAUACCAGGAAAGAUUCAUCUUUCUGUGUGGCAAGUUGGCUGGCAUUCACCCUGCUGUAUGUUGAGUAUGUAGUAGACUGUUAUCAAAUCUAUCAUGACCAAACAUGGUUGUCAUCAAAGUGAGUUAUCAAAAUUCAAGUUUUUGUUCUGAUGCUUUUGUCACUUUGUGGCUAUAGAAGUGUACAAUCUGGAGUUGCAGUCUUCUGUCAUGAAUUGAUUAGUAAAUCAAAAUUUUACUCAUCCGUAAAGAGUUCAGCAUCUUGUGGUCUCCAUUUCGGCUUGAGUUUCAAAGAUUAUAAGACUGGGAAAUCCUAAAAGAUCUUUAUUUGAACACCUUUAGCAAUGGAGAACAAAGUGAACAGUUGAGGAUGUGGUCAAGGCAAGAGGACGAGAGGCCAUAUUGAUUGGCUUUGCAGUCGAUCUGUAAGCGCUGAAAGGUUUGAAGGAUUGGGAUAGUCCAUGACCAAAUUAUUGCAGCCAAACCGAGUACAAAUAUUCUGACACCAAUGGAAUGGGAUAUCAAGACAUUGUUAAAGAUGUAUAGGGAAUGCCAGAGGUUCUUUAAAUCUUAUUGGAAACAUUUGGCAGACAACCACACUCUUAGUCAAUUUACUCCCUUGCAGGAAGGCCAAAGAACCUCCUAAGGUACGGGUGUUAUUAUGGAAUACUUUUCAUGGAAAAAUUAAUAGCCGGAGUAGUGCAGAGGAGGACUUUGUCUUUCUCCUUACUGCUGUGAAUUGUAAAGCUGGAGCUAUGAGCAGGAACCAUCUAUUACUUACAUUGUCCAAUUGCUUUAGCGCACGGUUUGGGAAAAGGCUGCUUUGGUAGAUUUUGUUGGGGGGUCGUUGCAACUAAUUGUGUGGCUCUUUGGGAAGAUGGCUAUAUGGCUAUAUUAUGGGUUAUUACUUAUUUGGGUGGAAAGAAACAAGAGGAUUUUCGAAGCUGCUAGGGAAUGAAGAUAGAGCUCGGCUCUGGUAACCAGUUUCCUCAGAACUGAGGGAUUGGUCUAUUACUUAUUCGUUGUUGGCUUUGCUAGUUUUUCUUGACUUUUGUGUUUUGUUUACUGGAUUUCUUAUCCACUGUUCUGUACAUUUACAUUCAUCCCAUUAUUAGUUAAAUUCAUUUUCCUGUAAAGAAAAAAUGCCAGUGGUUUCUUGUAAUUAUAAACUGAAUCGUCUCUUGGGUAAUAGUCUCAAUUUCAUGA